AUGUUGCCGACACGACCUCGCGGCUGGCGGGUGGCGACGAUUCGCCCAUAUCUAUCCCUGCUAUUUAUCCUUGCAGCUGUCACCGCUCGCGGCCAUUUAUUGAUCGAUUCGGAGGAGAUUGUCAGGGGUGACUAUCCAGAGGACCGUGUCCGACCGUUGAUACCAGCUGCAGAUGAGCAUCGACCAGUCGAAGAUUUCCGACUUAUACGACCUGACCACUUCCCUGAAGACAUUGACGCUGCGCUCUACAACCAUGAACAAACACAGCGGCCGCGGCCGACCCCAAAAGAGUUGGAAGAGCGGAGGGCCAGGAUGGGGCUCACAGUGGAGGAGAAAAAGACUGUCGAUUAUUACCUUGGGAAGAUACAGCAAAUACAAAACCGGAAGCAUCCACAACAACCAUCGGCUAAGGACCUCCCGGAUGACAAAACAUCGGCAGGUUGGAGCCGCCGUUUCAAGGCUGAUAUAUCGUCUCCUGAAGAAAAUGGAAGAUUCUUCGAAGGUGACAUCGUGCUGUUCCCAGAUCAAGCCAAAGAACUCUACGAGCGCACAUUGAAAGACGGCAAGCGACGCGUCAAAAGGAAAUUCAUCGGUUCCACGCUGCGCCGCUGGGAUCCAAAGCGCCCGAUUGUCUAUAGUUUUGAUGGAUCACACACCGCACGUGAACAGCGCAUCAUCGAGUUGGCUCUGGAGCAUUGGCAUAAUAUUACGUGCUUGAAUUUCCUGCGCAAUGAUAAUGUUAGAAGCGGAAACAGAAUUGUUUUCACUGAUGUUGAUGGCUGUGCUUCAAAUGUUGGCCGACAUCCGAUUGGGGAGGAGCAGCUAGUUUCCCUAGCGCCUGAAUGCAUUAGACUCGGAGUCAUCGCCCACGAAGUUGCGCAUGCUUUGGGCUUUUGGCAUGAGCAGAGUCGGCCAGAUCGUGAUCAGUUUGUGCAUGUUCGAUGGGAAAAUAUUGACAAGGAAUCAAAAGGCCAAUUCUUGAAAGAAGAACCUGAUGAUGUUGAUAAUGCCGGUGUGCCAUAUGACUACGGCAGCAUCAUGCACUACCGUAGCAAAGCAUUCUCACGCUUUGAAGAUCUUUACACAAUCAACACCUUCGUCGCCGAUUACCAGAAAACUAUUGGACAGCGAGACCAACUAUCGUUUAAUGACAUCCAAUUGAUGAAUAAAAUCUACUGCAACGAUGUUUGUCCCCAGAAUCUGCCUUGUCAACGGGGAGGAUAUACAGACCCGAGAAGGUGUGACCGUUGCCGAUGUCCUGAUGGAUUUAAGGGGCAAUAUUGUGAGGAAGUGAUGCCGGGAUAUGGUGCUGUUUGUGGAGGAAGGAUUCCAAUCGGUACUCAAGAAUGGACAAGAAUAGCAAGCCCCGGCUACCCUCGAGAUUUCAAAGAAGGCCAGGAAUGUAGUUGGCUUCUCCAAGCCCCUCCUGGAAUGAUUGUUGAAAUGCAAUUUUACGGAGAAUUCGAAAUGUAUUGUAAAGUUAGGCACUCACUCUGUAUGGACUACGUAGAGGUUAGGAAUUCGACAGAUUUUGCGAAUACGGGAAUGAGAUAUUGUUGUUAUGGUACCCCACAGACGAUUAUUCACUCCGCCACUGAGGAUAUGCUAAUAUUAUUCCGAUCAUUUUACAGGGGUGGAAAGGGAUUCCAGGCUCGAGCUAGAGCACGAGCCCCAGCCGGUCACUGGUCGACUUGGAGUGCGUGGAGUCCAUGCACGGCGAGCUGUGGAGCUUGCGGUACUCGGAUGAGGACACGAACGUGUCCUUCCGGGAUGGCAUGCCCCGGCGUCCCAUUCGAGACGCAAGUGUGCAACGAUCAGCCAUGUUCCGGUCUAUGUGCACGACGGAAAAGCGAUGAUGGCGAAUGUGCCGGGUUUUUGGCUUUGUUACGCGGCACCCGGUGCAAGAGUGAGCGAACGGUGAUGGAGCCGUGUCAAAGUGCAUGCUGUCCCGGGUUCAGCCUUCGCGGUGACCGAUGUGUCAGA